GUAAGCCACGAAAGUAAUAAAGUGUUCUUACCUUGUGUUGGUACCUGUCUCUUAUUUGUGUGCAUGUGUUAUUAUUCUUUGAGUGUUAGGCUGGCCGAGACUUGGUUUAGGCGCCAUCACGGAAACCUCCUAGGUCCCUAGCUUUGAAAAACAAAAAAAAAAGUUAGUCUACAAAUUAUCCCGUGACACUGGUUAAUUUCAAAUUCCAUUUCAAUAUUUUGAUGUUACCCCUUAUGGUCUUAUCCUACCACGGGAGUUCUUUUGUGUUCAUUGGAUAAUUUUAUCGAAGCCAAAAAAAAUCCAAUAAUUUCACUACAAAAAUGAGACCAAAAAGAGAGGACAAAAGAGCCCAAUCCUCUCCACCAAGAAACAGAGGACGCACCACCACCAGCUCACCGUCGCGCGCCUCCAGAAUUUCCCCUCCGUCAGCUUCACUCUCCGACCAAACCACCUCCGAGUUGAUCACUGAGUUCGAAGAAUACCGAGUCACUGAAACUUCUGAGUACAACCCACGAAGCUUCCCUUACAGAGUGAAGCAACAAUGCUGGGAAAAGGCAGAGAAAGUCAACGGUCGAGACCCAAGUCGUUGGAGAAGGGACCCACUUGGGAAUAUCGUCUUCCGCAAGCUUGUUGGUUGCCCUGGGUGCUUGUGCCAUGACUAUGACCACAUUCUUCCUUAUUCCAAGGGGGGAAAAAGUACGCUGGAGAAUUGUCAGGUUUUACAGGCUACUGUUAAUCGCUCGAAAGGGAAUCGAACUGACAUAUCCAGAGCAGAUCUGAUACAAAAGAGUUCCUAUUGUCGAGUUUCAGGCCGUGACAUGGACCUCCUUGAGUUGUCGGCAUUUGGUAAUGUCCGUCGAGGAGAAGAUUCAGGUGGAUGUAGAAUUCAGUAACACUGAAUGGUAGCAAAGAGGUUCUCGUGUUAUAUGCUCAUAAAACAUUCUUAGUUCCUCCUUGAUGCUCACGGAGUCAUGGUUCAUCGAGGAAAAGAUUCAGGUGUAUGUAGAAUUCAGUAACAACACAAAAUUGAUGUUCUUCUCGCGUUUUAUGUUCAUAAAACAAUCUUAGUUCCACCUUUCAUUAGGAGAUGAUCAUUACCUAGCAUUUAGCAAAAGCUGUCGUAACUUGUAUACUCUGAUUAGAUUAUUUCAGGUGUAUACGUGAUGUCUGAUGAAUGUGAUGAUGCAAUUGUUUAUAGGUUUAAAAUAAUAUUGUAAUUACUGUUAAUAAUUUUAUUUUUUUUAAAAAAAAUAAUAAUAAUAAAAGUCCUGCAAUUAA